AUGGCUGGAAGAAACGAUGUUGCCAUUGAUGCUGCCUUGGAGGCUGUUGCUCAGGCCAUGCAGAAUCAGCCUAAUGCUGGAGGGAUUGAUGAGUCGCGUAGUUUGAUACAAAAUGUACGCUAUGGUACUCAUAUGCUGGAUGGAGAAGCUGAUAACUGGUGGAUUGGCACUCGUCAGAGAUUGGAAACUGUUGGUGAGGUGAUUACUUGGGUUGUGUUCACGAGGGAGUUCUUGAGAAAGUAUUUUCCCAAAGAUGUCCAGGGAAAGAAGGAGAUGGAGUUCCAUACGCUGAAACAAGGGAAUUCAUUUGUCACUGAGUAUGCUGCUGAGUUUGUGGAGCUCGUGAAGUUCUAUCCACAUUAUAGCGAGGAGACGUCUGAGUUUUUGAAAUGUAUUAAGUUUGAGAGUGGGUUGCGUACGGAGAUAAAACGGACGAUUGGAUAUCAGCAAAUCCGUAGAUUUGCGGAGUCGGUGAACAAUGAUGACCCUCUCGUUGAAUUUUUUUCUUAUUCUCCUUUUAAUAAAUUCAUUAACCUUCGUUUUAGUUUAUAUUUUAAUAGCAUUUUUUAG